UCUGAAGAUAUUCUUAUAGAGAACCCUAAAUAGUCAUUAUUUUUCUCAUACUUCUAAUUUUAUAGCUUGUUAACCUACUAAGCUCUGAAGAUAUUUUACUAAGGAGCUUAGUAGCAACAUGCUUGUCGCCAUCACCCUCAACCUUUUAUCAAAUAUCUGCCAACAGACCAUAGGCCGCUUCCUCCCCAUCGAUGUGGACCGUUUCCCCCUUUUUCGUCGACAAAUAGACGAACCACAAGACUGGCACGACCCAUAUGACUGGGACGUCUCAUGGCCCCCAGACCCUGCUGAAUCGGUGACUGACCGGACUCUCUUCGACACCCGGGGAUGUAUAGUCUAUGGCUACCCCUCUACUGGCGGGGUUCUUAUCAAAGAGGCUGAUCUUCUCGAUAUGCUUUUUCUGUCGCUUCCGCGCUCUCAUAUAUUGCAGCGCUCACCAAAUGCGGACGAAGAAGAUAGAUUCUGUAAUCUUAUGCGACGGACUGGUGCAACGUUCUGGCCGAGUAAGAAGAGUCGGGUUUCAGUACUGCUGGGCUUUAGGGAGAGCACAAAGGAAGAAGAGAAGGUCAUAGUAUACGGUUGGCCGGCAGAUGGAGUGGGUGUGUGGGUACUAAGAUUUGAAAGUACCGAGCAAUUACCAGAUAAUUUUGGGAGAAUAAGUUUCGCGAUGAAUAUGGAGGAGAAGAUAGAGAUUAUGAGAGAGUAUGGCGCCACAUUUGUUGAAGAUGUUACGCAGGUGGAGGAACUUCAUGAUACGUUUUGAUACCUUUUAUUCUUGGUACUUGUGAAGAGGAAUUUCGUUAUGCUACCACAUGCUGGGCUGUAGAAGGCUUAGAUGAUGUGGAGACGGAGCCGUCGCAGCCCAUAGUAUCAUGAGAGCUGUCUGUAUCCGUUUUGGUUCUUUAAGAAACUAAGAUAAACUCUCGUCAAGCGAAACACAAGCAUCAAGCUCUGGGAUGCCCAGGGCGGCUCGGAGCAACAAAGCUUUGAGGGCUGUUCCAAUUUAGUUCUAGAUGUCUUAUCAGGUAAUGCCCAUAUGAAACACGAACAAAGCUCUCAAAUAUCCGUUAAAGUAUCUUGGGUAUGUUUGAAAAGGUGAAAGAGUUUUAUGGCUUCCUUCUGAACUUCGUGAACCCAUUUGUCAGAACAUCACGAAUACUAUGCUGGCAGUUAGGUGUCAGGAUAGUCGC